AUGCCUUCUGCACAUCGUCCUGCCUCUCUCACAUCUGGAAGCUCGUCGGAGUCUCCAUUUUCCCCAUUACUACCUGUCGAAGCGAUGAACACAGACGACCGUGACGACCGCUCUUCAUCAAUGCCGACGAACGCGUCGUCUACAAAGCCCCUUGGAUCCAACGGGUCCGUGGAUCGGGAGAAACCACGCCUCACAGAGCAAGAAAAGAAGAACAACCACAUCGCUUCCGAACAGAAACGACGAGCCGCGAUUCGGGAAGGCUUCGAUCGUCUGACCGAGCUGGUACCCGGUCUCGAGGGCCAGGGUCGGAGUGAGAGCAUCGUGCUGAGGAAGACGGUCGACUUUAUCCGUCUGCAGUUGCAGGAGAGGCAGCAGCUUAUCGCUGAGAUAGAGAGCAGGGGGGGACGAAUCGAUGAGAGCUUUCAGGCAUGA